CCGGUUCAGUAUCAGUUCGCGCGUUGGCCAAGCCGGUUCCUCUCAUUACGCUCUCGUCCGUUCGGCGUGUAGUUUGCCGCUGUUCCGUUUCGGGUAGAUUCUCUUCUUCGCGGCUCGUGCUCCUCUUCUCCCCCCCCUGUUUGUGGCACUUCAAUCCACGCAUCCCCACGAUGUGGCCCCACUUGAUAGUGUGCAGCUUGUGACGAAGGCGGUGUGUUCUGUGUUUGCGUUGCAAGUUUGGGAACCGGGUGCCGGUGUUCCUGUGUGUUGAGGACACAAUAGGGAUAGGCAGACAGUGUGCGGUGUGGUCCCCGUGACGUUGACCACGCGGAGAGUGACGCCGGCCGCUUGUUUUAUCGUAGAGAGUUCAAGGUCGAGCAUUUGUUCGAGAAGGAAAUUUUGAAGAGAUUUGAAUUCCUGGAAUUGAGGCGGAACCGGUUAGUUAGUACAACUCAACAGUUGCGGAGUGACCGCGACUUGUGGAUGGAUUAGGUGGAAAAUACAGAAGAAAGAAAUUCAACCAGCAGAAAUUUAAUCAAAACCUUGAGGAACGUGGCCAUCCCCCCAUUGGCAUCACAGCGCAAUGGAAGCCAACAAAUCACACACCAAGCUGCCGGUGAAUCCCGCCCAGAAGGCCAGCUUCCUGUCGUACAUCGUGUUCGGCUGGGUCAUCCCCAUUUUCUACAAGGGCGCCCGCAAGGAACUCGGCCCCGAAGAUCUGUACCAACCGCUGACGGCGCACAAGUCCAACUCGCUCGGGAACCGCCUGUGCGAGGCCUGGGAAGAUGAGGUCGCCCGGAAGCGGGCCAAGGGCCAAAAGCCCAGCCUGAUGCGGGCCGGAUGUCGCGUGUUUGGCUGGAACAUCGCGCUGCUCGGGUUGAUCUUGGUCGUGCUGGAACUCGCCUUCAAAGUGACCCAGCCGAUCUUUAUCGGUGCGCUGGUGCGGUAUUACUCCAAGGAAAACGGGGACAUCAACGAAGCUUAUCUGUACGCCGGAGCCGUCGUCCUGGGCAGUGCCAUCAGUGUCCUGUUCAUGCACUCGUACAUGUUGUCCCAGCUGCAUCUGGGUAUGAAGCUGCGCGUGGCCGCUUGCUCCAUGAUCUACCGCAAGUCCCUCAGACUCAGCAAAACGGCACUCGGUGACACCACCGCCGGACAGGUCGUCAACCUGCUCUCCAACGACGUGGGUCGGCUGGAUUUGGCCGUCCUGUUCGUGCACUACCUCUGGAUCGGGCCGCUCGAAACGAUCGUUGUGACGUACCUGAUGUACCGCGAAAUUGGCCUGUCCGCGAUCUUCGGAGUGAUCUUCCUGCUGAUGUUCAUCCCGCUGCAGGCUUACCUCGGCAAGAAGACGUCCCAGCUGCGACUGCAGACGGCACUGCGCACCGACGAGCGGGUUCGGCUCAUGAACGAGAUCAUUCAGGGCAUUCAGGUGAUCAAGAUGUACACCUGGGAGAAGCCAUUCGCGAAGCUGGUGGCGUUGGCGAGAAAGAAGGAAAUCCACGUGAUCCGCUACGUGUCCUACAUCCGCGGCAUCCUGCUCUCCUUCAUCAUGUUCACGACGCGCGUGUCCAUCUUCAUCAGUCUGAUCGCGUACGCCCUGCUCGGGAACUUUGUAACGGCGGAGAAGGCGUUCACCAUCACGGCCUACUACAACAUUCUGCGCGCCACCAUGACCAUCUUCUUCCCCCAGGGCAUUGCGCAGUUUGCCGAGGCGGUGGUGUCGGUCAAGCGCAUCCAGAACUUUAUGUCCCACGAGGAGGUCGAGUCGGCGCUGGGCGUUUCGAUGACCGAUCCGGGCCGGAAGAAGGGUGGUGAGGGUGCUGGGGAUAGUUCGAUGGAGGACAGCGAGGAUGAUGGGUUGGAGAAUGGGGUGGCGGCGGGGAAGAAUGGCAAGACGAUCAGGCACUCGGAAUCGGACGGGUUGAAGGAGAAUGAGGGGGGUCACCUGUCGGAGGCUGGGGUUAUUGUGGACUCGAUUACGGCGCGGUGGGAUCCGAAGUCGACGGAGUACACGCUGGAUAAGGUUAGCUUGCAUGUGCAGCCGGGGACGUUGGUGGCUGUGAUUGGGCCGGUUGGAUCUGGGAAGUCCAGUUUGAUCCAUGCGAUAUUGAAUGAGUUGCCGUUGGAGGCUGGCAGUAUAAGGGUCAAUGGAGAGGUCAGUUAUGCGUCGCAGGAGCCGUGGCUGUUUUCUGGGUCGGUUCGGCAGAAUAUUUUGUUUGGACUGCCGAUGGAGAAGGACCGUUACAAGAGGGUGGUGAAGACUUGUGCGUUGGAACGAGACUUUCAGCUGUUUGCGAACGGAGAUAAGACGAUCGUGGGUGAACGGGGGGUGUCGUUGUCCGGUGGACAAAAGGCUCGUAUCAGCUUGGCUCGUGCCGUUUACCGACGUGCCUCGGUAUACCUGCUUGACGAUCCUUUGAGUGCGGUUGACGCCCACGUAGGUCGACAUCUGUUUGACCACUGCAUGCGAGAAUACCUUAAGGGGAAGGUAGUGAUUUUGGUGACCCAUCAGUUGCAGUACCUGCAGAACGCCGAUCAGAUUGUGAUACUGAAGCAUGGUAGGGUGGAAGCUGUGGGAAGUUACGAUAGUCUACGGGAAAGUGGGCUGGACUUUGCACAAUUGUUGGCGGCGCCCAGUUCCAAGGAGGAUGACGACACCACCGACACGGAAUCGUUCAAGCGAUCCGGAAGUUUGUACAAGCGUCAGAACAGCGAAUCAAGCAUGGACUCGACGACGAUUGACGGCGACGGUGGUCCGGAACCGGCAGCGAACCAGGAAAAGCAAGAGCAUGGAACGAUCGGAUACUACGUGUACAAGGCGUACUGCAAGGCCAGCGGUGGCUUCUCGAUCAUCUUCUUCCUGUUUGUCCUGUUUGUUUUAUCUCAGUUGGCGGCGUCGGGUGGAGAUUACUUCCUGACCUACUGGGUCAACAAGGAGGAGGCCCGCAUCCGGGAGGUCGACCUGAGCGCUCCGGUGGACAACAGUACGACGAGGUCAAACGACACAAUGCUGGACGACUCUGCUGGUGCGGGAGAUAGUCCGACCGGCCUGUUUACGUGGCUGUUUGCGACAUUCCGGGAUUUGACCGGAGUCGGUGAUGAUAAUCGGGACAUUGAUAUCUACAUCUUUACCGUGCUUACGGUUGCUACCAUCGUGAUUACGCUCAGCCGAAGCAUGUUCUUCUUCCACACCGCGAUGAGAGCCUCCCGACGGCUGCACGACGCCAUGUUCAACGGGGUGACCCGCGCGACCAUGUACUUCUUCAACACGAACCCCUCGGGCCGUAUUCUUAACCGCUUCUCCAAAGAUAUGGGCCAGAUUGACGAAUAUCUGCCGUCGGUGGCGGUUGACGUGUUCCAGAUCUUUCUCUCGCUGCUCGGUAUCGUCGUCGUGGUGGCCAUCGUCAACCCGUACAACCUAAUUCCGACGUUCGUAAUCGGUGUCAUAUUCUACUUUAUGCGCGAGUACUACCUGUUGACGUCCCGGAACAUCAAGCGUGUCGAAGCCAUCACCCGUUCCCCAAUCUACUCUCACCUAUCCGCUUCCCUGUCGGGACUGUCAACGAUCCGUGCCUUCGAGGCGGAACGGGUUCUGGUGCGCGAGUUUGACAACCACCAGGAUCUGCACAGCUCGUCGUUCUACCUGUUCAUCUCGACGUCCCGCGCUUUUGGCUUCUACCUGGAUGUGUUUUGCGUGAUCUACAUCGCGAUCGUGACGCUGACCUUCUUCAUCAACGGGGACAACGGAGGCAACGUGGGUCUGGCCAUCACGCAGGCGCUCGGAAUGACCGGUAUGGUGCAGUGGGGCAUGCGACAGUCGGCGGAACUCGAGAACACGAUGACCUCGGUUGAGCGAGUUGUGGAGUACGAAACGGUUGAUCCGGAACCGGCGCUGGAAGCUGACGAUGGUAAGAAACCGCCCAAGGAGUGGCCCCAGGAGGGAAGAGUCAAGUUUGACAAACUGUCGCUGCGAUACCAACCCGACCCGGACACGGACCGGGUUCUGAAGGACCUAGAGUUUGAGAUUCAACCCCGUGAAAAGGUCGGAAUCGUGGGUCGAACCGGCGCCGGAAAAUCCUCCCUCAUCAACGCCCUCUUCCGGUUGUCGUACAACGAGGGUUCCAUCGUGAUCGAUACGCGAAACAUCCACGAGAUGGGCCUGCACGACCUUCGCGGCAAACUGUCCAUCAUUCCGCAGGAGCCGGUGCUCUUCUCCGGAACGUUGCGCUACAAUUUGGACCCGUUCGACGAGUAUCCAGACGAAAAGUUGUGGCGUGCGCUGAAGGAGGUCAAGCUGGAGGACGCCGUCAACGAGCUGCCCUCGGGAUUGUCCUCGAAGAUCAACGAGGGCGGAAGCAACUUUAGCGUUGGCCAACGUCAGCUGGUCUGCCUGGCCCGGGCUAUUCUGCGCGAGAACAAAAUCCUCGUCAUGGACGAGGCGACGGCGAACGUGGACCCGCAAACGGACAAGCUCAUCCAGCAGACGAUCCGGGAGAAGUUUGGCAACUGCACCGUGCUGACGAUCGCCCAUCGGUUGAACACCGUCAUGGACUCGGAUAAGGUGCUCGUGAUGGACGCUGGCCGCUGCGUAGAGUUUGGAACGCCGUACGAGCUGUUGACGGCCACCGACGGACCAAAGACGUUCUACGGAAUGGUCAAACAAACCGGCAAGAGCACCUUCGAGCAUUUGCUGAAAGUCGCCAAAGAGGCUCACGAGACAAAGAGUCAACCAGAAGAGACGACCGAGAAACCCACCGACUAAGCCGCCAGUAUGGCUUGCCACUAGAGAGGAAACUCACCCCACAACCCGUUGCAGCGAGAAGCCAUCGUUCUCAGUCUUGCCGAUCUUCACGCGAGGGGCGAGGGAAACUUAAGAUAUUAAGGUAACUAUACCGAUCCACUUUGUAUCACGUUUUGAACUUAUUUAGAAGAAGAAGAAAAAAAAAAGAUUAAAAAAAAACAGUGCCUCAAAACGCAAGUGCUACUUAUACAUUUAGGCAAUUAAGCGAUGAAUUGUGCUUGGAUGGAAUGAAACCAACUGCAAGUACAAACCAGUUUAGUGUUUAUUAUAAUAUAUAUUUAGAAGCGGAACGCGUAAUCGAUCACAACUAGAUGUAUUAGCGUGCAUUAGCUGGUGUCUACGUCGUUUAACAUUAAGUUUGGUGCUGAAGGACUGAGCUACCUUUCAAUAGUGACGUAAGUAACAGUAAACGUACUUAGCAAGCAAGCAAGCAUACAAAAAUCCACUUAAAAAUUUCAAACUCGAUAUACUUAAGGUAGUCGUGCUGUUUACUUAAGUUUUCGCUGCAUGUAAUUUAUGUCCACUCUAGCCCCGCUGAAUUUCAAAAAGUCGUAAAACUGGAGCGUACUUAGGUUUUUGUGUUUUUGAAGAAAAGAAAAAUCUUUUUAUUGUUUUCGUUUUGUUGCUGAACUUUGUUUAUAGGAGUAAUACAAGAUGUCAAAAGAAA